UUGAGAGAUAUCAAGGACCCCAGAGUAUGGAGGAAGAAUGGAUAGAGCCCAAGAACCCCGAGUAUUGGCGGAAAAGAAUGGAGAGGCACAAGGGAACCCCGAAUAUGGAGGAGAGAAUGGAGAGGUUCCAAGGACCCCGAGUAUGGCGGAAGAAUGGAGUAGGCACAAGGACCCCCAGUAUUGGAGACAGAAUGGAGAGAGCCUCAAGGACCCGGUGUAUGGAGGAAGAAUGGAGAGGCCCAAGGACCCGGGAGUAGUAUGGAGGAAGAAUUAGAAGAGGCCCCAAGGACCCGGAGUAUGGAGGAAGAAUGUAGAGGUCCAAGGACCCCGAGUACUGGAGGGAAGAAUGGAGAGGCCCAACGGACCCGAGUUAUGGAAGAAGAAAUGGAGAGGCCCCAAGGACCCGAGUAUGAGCUGGGAAGAAUGGAGAGGCACAAGGACCCGAUUAUGGAGGAAGAAUG